AUGUGCGGAAUAGUAGGAUGCCAUCAUGUUCCGGAAGCCAAAGCCUUCAAGCCAGAAGCUUUGAAAAUGGUCCGAAAGGUAAGACAUCGAGGUCCGGACUGGAGUGGAACUUUUAUUGCCAACAGAACCAUCCUUGCUCACGAGCGUUUGAGUAUCGUCGGUGUUGACAGUGGAGCGCAACCAAUUACCAACAAGGACGACAGCAUUGCACUUGCAGUCAAUGGCGAGAUCUACAACCACAGAGUCAUUCGGAAGGGAUUGAAGACUUCCUACCACUUCAAGACACAUUCGGACUGCGAGGUCAUAAUCCCACUUUACAUGCAAUAUGGUAUCGAUGCGCCCAAACACCUCGAUGGCAUGUUCUCCUUUAUCCUCUACGACAAAGCCCAAGACCGCGUAGUCGCCGCGCGCGACCCAAUUGGAGUCGUGAGUUUCUACCAGGGUUGGUCGAGCAAGAUUCCAGGAGCAACGUUCUUUGCGUCUGAGCUGAAGUGUUUGCAUGAUGUUUGCGACAAGAUUAUUUCCUUUCCUCCCGGGCAUAUCUAUGAUUCCAAGACGGACAAGACGACGAGAUAUUUUGACCCUACGUGGUGGGACCCGACCAACGUGCCUACAACGCCCGUCGAUUAUAAGCUGUUGAGGGAAACAUUUGAGAAAUCGGUACGGAAGCGGUUGAUGGCUGAAGUUCCAUAUGGCGUGCUCUUAUCUGGUGGUCUUGACUCGAGCUUGGUUGCUGCUAUUGCUCAAAGGGAGACGCUGCGAUUAAAGGCUGCUGCGCUGAAGCAGGUUGAGAGUGGAGAGGGGGACGAAAAGAUGGACGAAGAUCAUGGAGAGGGAUUAGUUGGCAUUGAUGACGAUAACAAGCUCUCGACGUUGACGUAUCUUCCUCAACUUAACUCUUUCUCCAUUGGACUUCCCAACGCACCAGAUACCAAGGCUGCCCUUGAAGUUGCCAAGUUCCUUGGCACAAAGCAUCACAACAUGACCUUCGAGAUUGAGGAUGGCCUGAACGCUCUUUCUGAUGUUAUCUACCACUUGGAGAGCUUCGAUGUGACCACGAUUCGCGCUUCUACUCCUAUGUUCUUACUUGCGAGAAAGAUCAAGGCUAUGGGUGUCAAGAUGGUUCUAAGUGGGGAGGGAAGUGAUGAGAUUUUCGGCGGUUAUCUAUAUUUCCACGCUGCACCAAGCAAGGAGGCUUUCCAUGAAGAGUGUGUUCGCCGAGUCAAGCACUUGCAUCUUUGGGAUUGUUUGAGAGCCAACAAGUCGACUUCGGCAUGGGGUCUUGAAGCUCGUGUUCCUUUCUUGGAUAAAGAGGCAAGAUUCCAAAAUCGAAUACCAGACAACUUAUACUAA